CGGAGGCUGUGAGCAGUGCCCCUUUCACUGCAGAGCCCUCUCGGGUCUCUUUCCAGCCAUCUGGGAUCUCUGCACUUCCAAAUUAAUUUUUUCUUCCACAAACCCCCCAAAUUCCCCAGCCCCCAUAUUUUUGAUUCCCAUCCAUCUGUUGGAUUUUUUCUAUCUCAGGAUUGCCUUUUUGUUUUUUGGCCACCAUGGUACAGAAGAAAACUACUGAAAUGAAAGGAUUUCACCGUUCUUUUAAGGGUCAGAACCCUUUUGACGCAGCUUAUGAGAUGGAAGCCAGAAACAUGGAAUCAGUGUUCAAUUUUGACUGCCCCUCUCGUCCUGAUGUGCCUUCCAGUGCCCCCAUUGAUAUCCCUGAUGCCAAAAAAAGAACAAAGAAGAAAAAACGUUGCAGGGCAACAGACAGCUUUACUGGGCGGUUUGAUGAUAUGUACCAGUUGCAGCAAGAAAUCCUUGGAGAAGGUGCUUAUGCAAAAGUUCAGAGCUGCAUUAAUCUCAUCACCAAUAAGGAGUAUGCUGUAAAGAUAAUUGAGAAAAGGCCUGGCCACAGUAGAAGCAGAGUUUUCAGGGAGGUGGAGAUGUUGUAUCAGUGUCAGGGUCAUAGCAACGUAUUGGAACUAAUAGAAUUCUUUGAAGAGGAAGAUAAAUUCUACCUGGUGUUUGAGAAGAUGUGUGGUGGUUCCAUACUGAAUCACAUUCACAGACGCAGGCAUUUCAAUGAACGAGAGGCUAGUUUUGUGGUGCGGGACAUUGCAGAAGCUCUAAACUAUUUGCACAACAAAGGUAUAGCACAUAGGGACCUGAAACCUGAAAAUAUACUUUGUGAAAGCCCUCAUCAAGUGUCACCAGUGAAGAUUUGUGAUUUCGACCUUGGAAGUGGUAUUAAGCUGAACAGUGACUGCUCCCCAAUCUCCACGCCAGAGCUGCUCACACCUUGUGGAUCUGCAGAGUACAUGGCCCCUGAAGUGGUAGAAGCUUUUAAUGAAGAAGCAUCAAUAUAUGACAAACGUUGUGACUUGUGGAGUCUUGGAGUGAUCUUGUACAUCAUGUUGAGUGGAUAUCCGCCAUUUGUGGGACAUUGUGGAAGUGAUUGUGGCUGGGAUCGAGGCGAGGCCUGUCCUGCAUGCCAAAACAUGCUGUUUGUAAGUAUCCAGGAAGGAAAGUAUGAAUUCCCUGAAAAAGAUUGGGCUCACAUCUCAUAUGGAGCCAAAGAUCUGAUCUCAAAACUGCUGCUUCGGGAUGCUAAGAAGAGACUGAGUGCAGCUCAAGUCCUGCAGCACCCAUGGGUGCAGGGGAAUGCGCCUUACAACACACUUCCAACUCCAAUUAUCUUGCAACGGAACAGUAGUGCCAAAGAUCUUACUUCAUUUGCGGCAGAAGCCAUUGCAAUGAACCGCCAGCUAAUGGAACGGGAGGAGGAAGAAGAAGGAACAGAAAACUCCUCAUUGUGCCCCUUUGUGGUAAAAGCUACCUCUUGCUCCAUGCAACUAUCUCCACCUUCAGAGUCAAAGCUGGCAAAAAGAAGACAACAGGGCAGCAAAGGGGGAAUAUCCCCUCCCAGUUUGGCACCCCUGCUUAUUGUCAGUGACUAAAUAUACUUGCCUAUAUUUUCAUUUGAGCCGCAUGUGCAUUUGUGACUUGUUUUAUUUGGCUAUCCCAAUGGAAGGGUUUUUCUUACACUGCUUUUGGCCCACUGUGCCAUUAACAGUUUGUAGGUUAAGGUGGUACGCACAAUGAUUUAUCAUCAUCAUUAUUAUACAUCUAACAACUUUUUAAGGUGCCGUAUAAGCAAGGAAUAUUUGGGCUCAGAAUGUUAUGAUUUAUUCCCCUCCUUUGCUGACUGCAAUUAAUUCUUCUCUGAGCACUGCAUGAAAUCCGGUUGCUAUGCUGGGCAAUGCGACAACCGUACAGAAUUUUGCCCUUUCUUUAGAAUUUUUAUACUUCUGAACAACACGAAAGGGAUAUAAAUCUUUUAUCACGAAAAGUGCAGGUUUUUAAAGCUUAAACUUGGAUAAAAUGGGCUACUGAUUUAUAAACUCCCUUCAGAUUUAGUUAUUCAUGAAAAAAUAACCAACAUCUUUGCAGUGUUUAUGGUAUGAGUCCUAGAAAUCCAUUUGGUUUGUAUGAAACUGUCUAUGGUGAGGCACAGAAUGAUACGAAAUGAGUCAAAUGUUCUUUUAGAGCAGUGCGUGAAGAAACGUGUAAAUGAAAAUAUAAUGUACUCUCACAGUGGUGUGAGUAGUUUAAAUGGCAUAAUAUAUACUUUUAAUACGUUGAUAUUCUACCCAGCAAAAGAUUUCAUAUUGGCUGGCUUCCAUUUAAUUUGCUGGAGUAUGAAGGUGUUUUUUCCAUUCAAAAGAUCCUUUAAGAAAAUGCCUUAAAGGCCCUUUUUGUUUUCCAUAUAUUUUUAUUUUGUUUUUACCAAAGGUUCAUUAUAUUGCGCUUUUCAUAACAGGAAGGUGGUUCCUGUGUUGACAGACUGUGAAAUUACUCCUUUCACCAUUGGGUAUGUGUAGGAGGUAUGGGGUUGGGUUUGGUGUCAGAAGCAAACAUGUAGCAUUGAAAUUAAUAUUUGUGGCACAGAAGUGUUGAUUUCUUCACCAUUCAGUGUAGAAUUGUGGGAAGCAGCUAUUUAGAUUCAGGAGUGUUAAUCAAACUCCUGCACUCCUAAUCCAUGCACAUAUAAUGGUUGCCCUCACUUUUAUUGGCUUAAUCGAUUUUGGUUCCUUACUUGAGCAGAGUGCAUUAUCUACCUUUGCUUAAGCAACUAUUUUCAUAUUUGAAACUGCCUCUGCAUUUAGGGUAGUACUGCAACUUUCCCUAUACACUUGGGUAUUAUGAUAUAUGAUGUCUGCUAAGGGAAGCAGACUUAGUUUCCACGCUGUUGUAAUUUAAGCAAUAUUUGCUACUUAUUUUGCAAGUACCAAUAUAUCAAAGCAAUUGUUUAGAAAGCAUAUUUCUAAAUACAGAUAGAUCCUGAUCAUGUGGUUUAAAGAAUUAUGAGCGAAAUGGCCCAUUGCUCUAUUGUUUACGGUUUUGUUCUUGUUGCUGAAUAUGCCCAGUUUUUAUGCAGGAAACAAGUUUUGAUAUUUAGAUUUAAACUGCUUUUACACGUCCGCUAGCCCCCCCCAUGUCAAUAGGUGAUGAUCCAGUCCCAGAUAGCCAAGAUCCUCAUCAAACUAAAUAGUAACCUGAAAUAAGGUUUUAAAAAUGCCCGCAGUGGAUUAUCAUGCUAAAUAAUUAGCGAUAUCUUUGUAUACAUGCAAUUCUCUGUUCCGAGUAUGUCAGUAAAUGUCUGUGUUUUCUCUUCACUGUGUGACAAAUAUUAAGUCCACAGCUUGCAUGGCUAACCAGUUAUUUUUACUCAGCGUGCAUCUAAUUGAACUAUAAAUUAGCCUUACUGGAUGUGGAUUUAAAUUGUGUCCAUUAAGGACUGAAAUGGCACCCCAAAAUACACCUUCACUGAUUUAUAAUCAACCCUUGAGCCCUGUUCAACACUUGCUAAUUGGCAAUUUAGAUAAAUUAAGCAUGGUUGCUCAGGAACCAGUUUAGUUUGAUGGAUAAACUAAAAAUCUAACAUAUUGGUAUUACAUGGACAGAACUUGGGUUACCCAGGGUUUGGGCUAAAAUGCUUCCUAAAACUGCAGCUUUAGAAAUGCUAGUGAAUCGGGAAAGCUUAGAAUUUUCGGUGUGUACUGAUUUUUUUCAUAGAAGUUUUGCAGAGAGAGUUCCUGGAGGUCACAUUGAGAGUAAUGGUAUGUAAAAUUUGGGCAAAGUGUCUCUGCAAAGUUGUGUAGUACUGUACAUAAGCAUUCUCAAAUGUUUGGUUAACUGAUCAAAGGGUAGGGAUGUUUAGGUGCAGCAGAGUUCUUGUCUGGUAAGGAUAGCUAUACCAUUGUGAGUAAAGCUUUUGUUCUGCAUUUGGGAAGCUGUAGAUAUCGGUCUACAGUACAGGCUGCUAUUUUACUACUUCUCUGCAGCAAUCUCUUUGUUUUUGAAUAAUGUGAAAAUUAUACAAACUACCAAAUGCUUGCUAAAAACUUUGUUUUAAAUUCCAAGCCCCAUGGUGUAUCAGAUUUUGCUUGGCUGUAUUUGUUCUCUUAAUUCAUUCAGUUGUAGCUUUGAACAGUAAAGCACUGAGGGUAUGGAUUCCACACCAUAGAGAAGAAGUUCAUGUGCAGUGUCACAGCAGGGGUGAAAAGUGGAAAAAUUGCUAGCUGUCUAAUUCCAUUUUAGUUUGAGGCAACGGAGUGCUCGACAUGUAGUUAUGCAAAAGUGAACCAGUGAACAUUAUGGACAAUUGCUUUUACAGACAUGCCUGUGGUGAUGCUCUGCUAUGAAAAGGAAUUUUCAGGCGAUUAGUAGCUUGUGUCUUCUCAUUGUAGACCGAACAACCCGUGUGCAAUUUUGAUGAGAUAUUUCAGGAUAAAUACUCCUCACUCAUGAUAGAUAUUCACAAACUGCUGCAGGAAUUGUCAUGAGGUUCAGAUAGUUUAAUGAAUGUUCGGAUCCACCUUAUUGGGCUAGCCAUGGAUUUCAUAUCAGUUGUUUUUCUGCAUUUGUGUAUAAAGUAAACUUGUGUGGGACGUGUGUCUUUCUCCACACCAACAAGAAUGCAUAUAUAAAUUUAAAACGAUCAGGGUGUUUCACAGUCAGUCACUUUCAUAUGGUUGAUCUACACAAUUGCAUUGGGAUCUAGACAUUCCAUUACUAGAAUGAUGGGCACUGAGUCUGAUACCCCCAUGUUCCUAUAUUACUUGUCGAACCCUGGUCAAAGAUGGUGUGCUUCCCAUAUAACUGCAGAACUAGAAUUUGAGAUCCCCCUAAAGGAUUCAUCUGCAAUUUUGCAAUUUCUUGAAUUAAUUUUUCAAGUAUUUUUUUCUUUUGUUAUAUCCAGAAGAUUUUCUUAUAUUAAGAACACUUGAAUCUGCUGUGUGCAGAAACCUGUAUGUAAACAUUGUUGAGGUCAGGGAAAAGUAUUGCAAGGGUUAUGAAAUUACAUUCCCAGGGGCUUUAUUACCUGGGAAACUUUAUUUUUCUCUUUAAAUCCCCUUUUCUCAAGGUGGUCAAGGGAAAAGAAUUUAAUAGUAUCUGCUCUUUUCUGAUUCCUCGUCAAAUUCUUAGCAGAUGUUGCUUUGUUUUUUUUUUUACUACCUAUUCGAAUGGAUGUUAUAAACCUGUAAAAUGCCUUCGCUUAUGUUUUUUUUUUUUUUUUUUUUUUUUUUUUACUAAAAGGCACAUCAACUUUAUAUUAAGUGUUACAUUAUAGGGGAAAAUGCCUAUGAAACAUUAAAACACAUUUUGUAUAAAACCUCUUCUUCACCCCUCUUGAGAAACUUAAGAAAACCAGGAUGAGGGUUUCUGAAAGUUUUUUCAUUGAUACAAAUAUGUAAUGGGGUGUUUUUUGCUUUUUUAAAAAGGGCAAGUGCGGGUUUAAAUAAGCUUUGGAAUGGAUCAAUUUUGUGACAAAUUAAGGAAAUUCUGUAGUUAACAGAAAAUAUAUAUAUAAAAAAAAAAAAAGUUUUCUAGCAUAGAAGGUAAAUCACUCUGCUUUUAUAAAGUCUGGUUUCUCAUUAAGGUAUUCCCUAUAGUCCAUGUUAAUAAAAAUGGGUUUAAUAACCAUGCCCUUAAUGGAGAACAUGAAAAAUCCACUUUAUUUUUUUAUAUAAAAUGGUUUUCAGAAAAAAAAAUCUGGGCACAGUCUCAUUCAAGAUAAGUAUUUUCUUUUCUUUUAAACUGCCAAAGGUUUAUAUGCAACAUACUUUGUAAUGCACUGUGGAAUUGUGGACUUUUCUAGCUUUAAGGGCAAUGUCACAUGUGGUGCUUAAUCACCCUCUGUAGAUAGUCUGUCCUGUCCUGCUGGUGACAUAACAUCCAAAAAUACACUUUGGAGGCAAUCUCCCACGUGCGACAAAAGCACCACUUGUAACAUAGCCCAUAAGGUAAAAAGGGUUUUGUUUUUCUUGGGGAGGGAGGACAGGAAACAUAAUGAAAAAAAAUCUGGAAAAAAAUAAGCACUUUACUGUAUUUUAACAGGUUUUCUGAUGCAGCUAAAUGGGGAUCUGUUUAAUCUCCUUAUUCCAUCAGAACUUUUGUAUUCAGUUUUUUGUAAUAAUUGAAUUAAAGGUCAGAAAAAUUUGCAAA